AGCAAAGGGGUCAAAGGGAGCACAUCCGGAGAGGGAGCAAACUAGGUUGUUUGUUUUCGCUGUGGGAAGCUAAACGCUUAAGGGAAACGCUUUUCCAUUUUCUGGAUUGUUUAAGGGAGUGUCGUUGUUAUUAUGCUACCUAACUGAAAGGUUUUGUGGCUUCCUGUCCAACACCUGACAUGGUUUAACACCUUCAACUUGGAAGGGUAACACUUUAACGGUGAUAAGAUGGAAGAACAGGCACCUCCUAGAGCAGUUAUUGGCCUUGGUUUGCAAGUUCCCAGUCAGUACGUGACAUGGUGUAAAGAGCGUUUCAUAAACUCUAAUUCUCUGAACAGUUCAAAGAUUGUGCGACAGGAGUCUUCCAGUGAAACAUCUCAUGGCUUGCAACUGUCAGAACAGCAAGGAACACAACAGAGAGAACGUGAUAAAUCCCCUGCAUUAGAUAUGAUGAAAGAGAUGGAAUGGCAGGACUCCUAUGAAGAAAUUGCUCCCCCGGGUUUGCAAGUACCUGCUCAGUACAUUAAGUGGUUUAAAGAACAUUUUAGAAGUCCACCUUGGAAUACUCUGAUAAAGAAAGAAGAACCAGAUUGGGAGUAUGAUGAACUAGCAAUGCAGAAGGAGAACGAGUAUUUUGAGGAAGAAGAGGAAGAGGAAGAAGAGAUAGAAGAGGAGGAUGGGGAGGAGUAUGUUGAAGAUCCAGAGUGGCAAGAAGGUGAAGUAAUAUGGCAGAAGGAAGGUAAAGCAACAUGGCCAAAGGAGGAACCAGUGUGGCCUAAAGAUGAGCCAAGAUGGCAAGAGGAAGACGGUGCAGAAGAGGUAGAUGAAGAUGAGGUACCAGAGUGGCAGAAGGAAGAGGCCACUGACUGGCAAGAUGAGGAGCUGGAGUGGCAGGAGGAACCAGACUGGCAGGACGACGAUUCAGAAUGGCAAGAGAAUCUUGAGAAUUCGGCUUCUGCCUUUAGAAGAAUUGAAAAUAUGAAUCUACAUUCUUCUCCAGAUCAGCACCUGCAGAAUUCCAGAGGACAGUUUGAAUGUACAGACUGUGGGAAAAGUUUCCAUCGUCUUCAUAUACUUAAACUACACAGGCGGGCGCACAGAAAAAAAACACAGCAUGUAUGUGUUGAAUGUAAUAAGACUUUUAGUCAGUCCUUUAAUCUGAAAAGACACUUAUUGAUACAUGCAAGAGAGAGAAGUUUUGGGCCAAGGAAACGGUUUAUUUCUGUCCCUGUAUCCUUGCAUCCUCCACGGUUGUUGUCUCUACCUCACAAGAGACGGUACAAGUGUUUUGAUUGUGGAAAGUGUUUUACUUUUCGGGGAAAUCUAAAAAGGCACCAACUGAUCCAUACAAGAGAAGGGGUAACUGAAUCUAAAAUAAAAUUGAUUCCUAUUGCUUCAUCAGCGGGUGCCCCAGCAUAUGUGAGCCUAGCUCAAGAGAGCGUAACCCAUGAAAGGAGGCCAUAUAAGUGCACCGAAUGUGAGAGGAGUUUUAUUCAUUUGCGCAAUCUGCGAAGACAUCAGUCCAGUCACACAAGACAGAGAGCAGUCUCAGAUUCAGAAGUAAAAGUUGAGGAUGUUAAGGAUGUUUCUCUAAUACCAACACCUCUUACAGAUUUAGUAGUCUUCAAUGAAAAGAAGCCAUUUAAGUGUGCUGACUGUGGUUUGAGUUUUGGUUUUCGGGGUAACCUCAAAAGACAUCAAAUGAUUCACACACGACGACGAAAAAUUUCCAAUUCACAGAUUAUGGGAAUUGGUGAAACUGUGUCUACAAGUCCUCCAAAUUUUAUUACAGCACCUACUCCACCACCCUCACCUAGUCUUGAGAAAACUUUCAAGUGUACAGAUUGUGAAAGAAGUUUUCUUAAUUUGUGUAAUCUACGAAGACAUCAGACAAUUCACUCAAGACAAAGAAAAAGUUCUGAUACAAAGCUUAAACUGAUUUCUGCUACUACUUCAACAAAUGUCCCAGGUUUUAUGGUAGUGCCACAUAAGAGGCAACAUAAGUGUAAUGAAUGUCAGAAAACAUUUGGCUUUCUUAGUAACCUGAGAAGACAUCAGCUGAUUCACAAAAGGCAAAAAAUGAGCAUGGAGUCAAAAUUGAAGGUCUUCUCUUCAUUGUCCCAAAGUACAGCAGCUGUUCCCCGCCAAAGAUUGUACAAGUGCAAUGAAUGUGAGAGGAGUUUUGGUUUUCUGAGUAAUCUCAAGAGACACUUGUUGAUCCACAAACGACAAAGAAAUCUUCAUCUGAAACUAGAAACUCAAGAAUCUGGCUCAGUAGUACCAUCUAAUUCUGAGGAUGGAGCACAUGUUAGACCACUCAAGUGUACUGAUUGUGAUAGACGAUUCAUGAAUUUAUGCAAUCUUCGAAGACAUCAAACGAUACAUUCAAAGAGAACCAAGUCUAAUUCAAAGGUAAAGGCAAUACAUGCAGCUGCAUCAAAUGCUUCCGGUUCAGCAACAUUGCCACGCAAGAAAAUAUUCAAGUGUACAGAGUGUGAGAGGAGUUUUGGAUUCCUGAGUAAUCUUCGAAGACACCUGUUGAUCCACAAGAGACAGAGGGAAAUCCUGGAUUCAACAGUGAAAGAACUUCCCAAUACUACUGUAACUGCUCCAGGUAUAGUAAAAUUACCCCAUAAAAAACGAUACAAGUGUACAGAGUGUAACAAAAUUUUUUGUUUUCUGGGUAAUCUUAAAAGACAUUUGUUGAUCCACAAAAGAGAACGCGCUCGUGUUGAUUCCAAAAUUUCAGUCCCUGUUCCCCCUGCAUCCACUGAGAACACGGAGAUGCAGUCUCAUGACAGGCCUUUCAAGUGUACAGACUGUGAGAGAUGUUUCAUGAAUUUGUGUAACCUCAGAAGGCACCAGACAAUCCAUGCAAAACCAAGAAUAGACACUGAUCCAGAUUCAGUCCCAGUGUCACCUAAAAAAGAAUUUAAGUGUAGUGAUUGUGAUAAAUCCUAUACUUUUCUAACCAAUCUUAAAAAGCAUCUGUUGUUACACAAAAAGCAAAGAGCCAAAGGGAAAGGAUUUUCUCUCACUGGAUCAUCAGCCUCUCUAAACCUGAUGUCGCUACACCAUAAGAAACGGUUUAAAUGUACUGAGUGUGAAAAGAGCUUUGGAUUCCUAAGUAAUCUUACUAGACAUCUCCUCAUUCACAAAAGGCAAAAAGCAAAUUUGGAUUCUAAAAUAAAAAUAUCUUCCGUUUCAUCUGCAAGUUCUUAUACUGUAGUAGCAGGACACAGGAAGCGGUACAAGUGCAUGGAGUGUGAGAAGACUUUCAGCUUUCAGAGUAAUCUUGCAAGGCAUAGACACAUCCACAGAAGACAAAGGGCAGCAAGCCUUUAUUCCAAAGGAAAUAUUAAUGCAGAUAGUGAAUCUGCAGCUUUUCCAGAUGAUCCUGAGAGACCAUUCAAAUGUGCAGAUUGUGAGAGGUGUUUUAUGAAUUUAUGUAAUCUCCGCAGGCAUGAGACCAUACAUAUAAAGGAGAGAGCAAAUGCAAGUUCACAUACAAAAGUAAUUAGUGCAUCAGCUAGCCAUUCAAAUUUGGUAACUUUACCCCGCAAGAAAAAGUUUAAGUGUACUGAAUGUGGAAAGGCAUUUGGUUUUCUGAGUAAUCUUAGAAGGCACCAGCAAAUCCAUAUAAGACAAAGACUAAAUGGUGAUUCAAGACUGAAGGUGGUUUCUGAUUUGUCAACAGUGGAAAGACCAUUUAAGUGUAAUGACUGUAGUAGGAGUUUUCUUCAGUUAUGUAAUCUGAGAAGGCAUCAGCUGGUUCAUAAAACACAAAGUCCUAAUUCUCCUUUUACUUCAACAGGAGCUGCAGAUUAUGAAACUUCAUCUCAAGACUCCCAACACGUAGAGGAUUCCAAGGAGGGAGCUCGGCCCCAAGAGGAGCCAUUUAAAUGCAAGGAGUGCGGUAGGGGGUUUGGCACUCUAAAAAGUGUGGCUAUACAUCAGCGAAUUCACACAUCUGGAAAAGCUCCUCCACCACCAUCUCCUCUUGGUCAACUAAGUUCUGAGACAGUAGACCAGUCUGCCAAAAAAGAGUGUGCAUUUGCUUGCCCUGAAUGUGGCAAAAGUUUUAGGUACCACAGUACUUUAAAGAAACACCAGCAGGUGCAUACAAGACAGAAACCAUUUAAAUGUAGUGACUGUAACAGGAGUUUUGCUGAUGUAGUGAGGUUGAGACUUCAUAAAAAAAUACAUUCAAAGAAACCGUAUACAUGCAGUAAAUGCAAUGCAACUUUUGGACGGCAAGGGAGCCUUAGUCUGCACCUUCUUACUCACGUGAAAGAAGCUGAAGAACCAGAGCUGUGUUCUUCCACUGAAACUUCUUACAAGUGUGAAGAAUGCGAAAAAUAUUUUAUUUCACCAGGUGCCCUUGAGUCGCACCAGAGAAGACACUUGGAAGGACCCUAUGAGUGUAAAAAAUGUGAUAAAGUCUUUAUUAACAGUUCGCAUUUAAGAGUUCACCAACGACUUCACACGGGAGAGAAGCCCUAUGUUUGUCAUGUGUGUGGUAAAAGUUUCAGUCAGCAACCACAUCUUAUUGUGCAUGUGCGAACUCAUACAGGCGAGAAACCAUAUAAAUGUGAAAAAUGCAAAAAGGGCUUCAGUCAAAAGUCUCAUCUGAGAACUCAUUUUCAAAUCCACAUUGGUGACAAACCUUAUAAGUGUGGUAUAUGUAAGAAAGGAUUUACUUACUCAUCUUACCUUAAAGUGCAUAAACGAAUUCAUACCGGCGAGAAGCCUUAUAAAUGUGGAGUAUGUCACAAAAUGUUCAGUCAGUCUUCAUCUCGCAAUAAGCAUCAACAGAUUCACUCCGGGGAGCAGCCAUAUAACUGCAACAAAUGUAAACUGGGUUUCAGCGAUCCAGUGAACCUCAAAAUGCAUCAGCGUGUUCACAAGUGUGAAAAGUAUUAUAAAUGCAAAGACUGCAAAAAGAGUUUCAGAUAUUUUUCAUACCUCAGAAAACACCAGAGGCUUCAUGCUCAGUAGUAGUAGUUUAUUUUUGACUUGUGCUAAAAUUAGCCAUAUUAGGCUCUAUCCUUUAUCCUAAAAGCUACUACCAUGUAAAUUUGCUUGCAUCUAAUAUGCUGCAGUUUUGAAAGAUGCAAACAGAAUUUUAUGACCUGCAGGACAUAAAAAUGAGUAAAGUGGUGCUUCAUAUAUUUCAUUCUAUUAAGGAAUUGCAGAGCACUCACCGGUUCAGUAUUCUUUCAGAAUUUGCAGAAAAUUCGAUUUUGUAGUUUUAAAAACUGACUUCAGAAGAGUCGAAAGCAGGUAUGGGUGGGUGGUCAGUGCUCAAAAGGUCAUUUUUUAUCCUCAUUCAAGGGAUUUCCAUGCCAUAAGCCAAGUAACGCCUUCUGAAUUUGAAUUUUUUUUACUGUUCAUUCUGGAACGUUGCAGGAAAGGCUUGUGUGAAUGUUGUAUACCAUAAAAUAGGGCAGUAGAAUUGCAUUUGUUCACAUUCUGCUUUGGUCAGUGUGUUUAUGCAUAUUUAUUGGCCGCAUUGUUCCUGUUUGAAAUGCUAGCCUUUUCUACAGCUAGACAUGGUAGCAUCUCAGUGGCAGCAGCUUGUAAAAUAUGUACCAUGAAUUGUAAGUAGUUUCUGAAUAUUUGAGGAUUGGGUGCUUCUGAAACUGAACUUGGCACAUUCACCAGAACACACUAGGUGACUGUCUACAGAUUUCAUUGAAUAGCUGUAAGGCACCAGUUGGACACUUUCAGUGGCAGUGGGCUGAAGCAUUUUCACAAGAGAAGUAGCCUGUACUGUAAACUCUUCUUUAAAGGAGAAGAGCAUGUGAAAAGUAGAGCUUUAUUUCUGCUGGUGUAGUGCCAAAUUGCAUAGACUACUAACGUGAUGAAAAACUCAUUUUCAAUGUAGUUUAAUCAUAAGACUAUCAAGUUAACUAGGUUGAUAUAUCUUAGGAUUAAAUGCUUAAGUGGUAGUAGACACCCUGGUAGAAUUUUGCCUUGAUCUAAGGCUGCGCCAUGAAAUCACAUUCAGAAUUUAAUAAAGUUGCUAGACAAGCCUG